UGCACUAGGUCAUAUGAGGUCAAUUUGAGAAGAGCAAAAUAAUUCAAGCUCGAAUUUCGAAACGUGAUCCAAUCUCGCUCGGCCUCCUGUCCUGGUUUGCGAAAUAAAGUAGACAAGGAAGACUCAGAAUAAGCUGUCACUGUGUUGCUAUAAAGAUUCAAGAACACACCCACAAUGAUACUUGAAAUCACAGCCGUUAUAACAACCCUGGCAGUUGUCCUGGGUAUUCGAAAACUCCUCACACCAGCAGACAAGAUAAGCCCCAUCGCCAAAGCUGUCCUUAUUACCGGCUGCGACACGGGGUUUGGACACGAGCUGGCCCAGCGCCUGCACAGGCUGGGCUUCGUGGUGUUUGCUGCCUGUCUGGAUUCACAGGGAGAGGGCGCCCUUCAAUUGACGGAUGCUCAGUCUGAGUCAGGGGGCGGAGCCUCGGGGAGACUGCAUGUCAUUCAGAUGGAUGUGACGAAGGAGGACCAAGUAACAGAUGCUGUGCAGACAGUUUAUUCCCUUCUUCCAGAAUCAACGGGUCUAUGGGCGGUGGUUAACAAUGCAGGCAUCUCAACGUUUGGUGACGUAGAGUUUUGUGGGCUGGAGGUGUAUCAACGUGUGGCUAAUGUCAAUCUAUGGGGAGCCAUUCGCGUCUGUAAGGCAUUCCUACCGCUUCUGCGCAAAACACAAGGGCGUAUUGUGAACGUGACGAGUGUACUUGGUCGCCAGGCGUCUAUGGGUCGAUCGUGUUACGUCGCUACUAAACACGCCCUGGAAGGUUUUACGCAGUGCCUACGCUACGAAAUGCGCAACUGGGGCGUUCAAGUUGUCAUCGUAGAACCGGGCAACUUCAUCGGUGCUACCGGUAUCUUCACCCAAGACAAAAUAGACAAGAUCGCCGAGGAAAUGUGGAGUCAUAUGUCAGAUGAAGUCAAAGAGUCUUACGGGGAGGACUUGUUCCAGUCUCGUGUUAAGAGAAUGCGAUAUUUUACCCGCAUCGGAGACACCGAUACGCGGCCCGUAAUUGACGCUUUGACAGAUGCUGUUACUGAUGAGACGCCUCGAGUUCGAUACGAGCCAAAAACACUGUACUGGCGCAUCAGGACUUUUGUAAUGACCAUUUUACCGCAUCGAGUUGGGAAUUAUUUCUAUCACACAAGCUGACACUAAGAAUGUUGGUUGAAUGAUGGUUGUGUGGCUUGCCCAAGUUUGGUUUGUAAUGGGUGAUUGUUGGAGCAGUUUGUAAUCAUUUGGCUUCAAUUCAGUUUCAAUUCAAAUCUGGUUUAUUUGAAUAAAAAUGACAUCACCAAAUAAAAAGUCAGACUUAAAUCAUUCAAAUUAAAGAUUACUCAAACAAUUAAUAAGAACAAUAAGAUGAAGACAUCGUUUAUAAAUGGGGAAGGCCUGUGAAGGGAACUACUUUGAAAUGAGCGAUUAAAUUUUGAUUAACCUAAGGAGUUUGCUGAA